AAGCUGACCUUCACUGGGAAAUGUCGCCUGACCUGCCUCUAUGGUGCAGUCCAAGUGUUUGGAUUUACCAUCACUCAGGAUCAGCCUUCCUACGACCUCUUCUCCCCUCAGACCCACUGUGCCCUGACCAUCGAAGCAGUGUCCUACGAGACGCUGGAGCAAUCCAAGAAGGAGAUGAGGAUAUCAGCCAGGGCGAUGCUCAGAGCCCAUCAUGUGCCACGUGAUGCUAGAAUAAAACUGAUGAAAAAUUUUGCCCCUUUAUGUUCUGUGGUGCUGUUGGAUGGUCUGGAUACUUCGGUUACAAGAUUCAUUCUUAAUCACCCAGAGUUCUCCCAUAUCUUCAGAGUAAAGAGACAAAGUGGUUCUUGCUUCACACCAGAAGAUGCAGCUCUAGCUUCUACUGGUAUUGGGAAACGUGAUCCUGAAAGUGGCCUGCUUUUGUCAGAGAGUUCAGUUUCAGCAAUUGAAGAGUUAAUACAAGCGUGUUGUGAGGAAGAUGAUGGUUGUCCUGUCAUUCUGGUGUGUGGCCCAAAAAGUAUUGGGAAAUCAACUUUUAACAGAUAUCUCAUUAACCUGUUGCUGAAUCACCUUCCUUGUGUUGAAUAUUUGGAAUGUGAUCUGGGACAGACGGAGUUUACACCACCUGGAUGUGUCUCCUUAAUUAAUGUGUCAGAGCCAUGUCUUGGUCCACCAUUCACUCAUCAGCGAAUGCCCCGUAAAAUGGUGUACUAUGGAGAAACUAGUUGUGAUCAGGAUACAGAAAGAUAUAUCGACACAGUGAAGUAUGUGUUUAACUCCUACAAGAAAGAAGUGCCUUUGGUCAUCAAUACAAUGGGAUGGGUGAAAGGUGUUGGAUUGCUGCUUCUGAUAGAUAUCAUUCGACUGCUGGCACCCAGUCACAUUGUUCAGAUCAGUGUGGAAGACUUUAAGGAUAUGCCUCGCUUUACCCCAGAAUAUAUUAAUCUUGCUGCUGGCCUACAUACAAAAGGCAAACUACAGGGCAAGUGUAAGAGCAUGGAUGUGAGUGGAAUGGAGGAUUGGAAGCAGUAUGAAGGAGAAAGCGACUUUCAAACAUCGACUACAGGACAUAAAUUGCUGUGCGUACAACCAAAAUUCCCUGGAGCAGGGAAUGCUGGUGAAGCACGGGUCCAUAGCAGUAUCCUCCGGGAUAUGGCAAUGUUAGGUUACCUUGGCCAGCUUCAGCCUCUGGAAACAAGAUCAGUACGUCCUUUACACAGUCUGGUUCCCUAUCAGGUACCUUUCAAUGCUGUUGCGCUCAGGGUUAUUCACACUGAUGUUGCUCCUACACACAUCCUGUAUUCAGUAAAUGCCAGCUGGGUCGGUCUCUGCAGGAUAUUGGAUGAGGUCAGAUGUCCGACUGAUGGGCCAGUCUUGCUUACGCAGACACCAGUCUGUGAUUGCUUGGGCUUCGGAAUUAUCCGAGGGGUUGACAUGGAGAGGAAGCUUUACCAUAUUCUGACUCCAGUACCUCCAGAAAACUUAAGACUUGUAAACAGUCUGCUGCUGGGAACUAUCACCAUUCCAGAUUGUGUCUUUACAAACCAGCAGGGAACUGAAGGGGAGAUCCCCUAUGUGACAUCUGAAUACAAUUAUGACAUUUCGGGAGCUGGGAAGUUGAAAAUGAAGAAGCACCUCAAGAGAAGAGAACACAGUAGAUCAUAAGCUCCGUUUAAAGCCUUGUGAGAGAAUGAAUUACAGGGUUUGUUUCAUAAUAAGGGGCCAGGGAGCUUCCCAGAGAACUUGGCACGUUCUUGGAACCAACAAAGGCCCCACAGAACUGUGAGGAAGAGCAUUUAUCAUCCAGUGCAAACUGUGUAGUGCUUACCUGCUAACUGCUGACUUUUUAUACUUCCAUUAUGUACCUUUGUGUUUUAUAGUAAACAUCUAUUAAAAACUUCA